AUGGUAACCAAGGAAAAUGACUCCUCUACUCUUGAAAAUGAGACACCACAUGAAGUGACACCUAUACCUUCUGAAUUUAAUGAUGCUAUCUCUGAACCUCCAAAUGAAUUACCCCCGAUGAGAGAUAUUCAACAUGCUAUAGAUCUUAUUCUAGGAUCAUCUUUACCCAAUUUGCCUCAUUAUAGGUUGAAUCCUAAAGAGCAUCAAGAAUUAAAUAGACAAGUUGAAGAGUUGAGAAGUAAGGGAUUUAUUCAAGAAAGCAUGAGCCCAUGUGUUCCCGCCCUUCUUACUCCAAAGAAAUAUGGAACUUGGAGAAUGUGCAUUGAUAGUAGAACUAUUAAUAAAAUCACAUUCAAAUAUAGGUUUCCCAUACCCAGGUUGGAUGAUAUGUUGGAUCAAAUGGUUGGUUCUAAGAUCUUUUCCAAAAUUGAUCUUAAGAGUGGAUACCACCAGAUUAGAAUUAGACCUGAAGAUGAAUGGAAAAUUGCAUUCAAGACUAAAGAUGGCUUGUAUGAAUGGUUGAUAAUGUCGUUUGUAUAUGUUAUAUCUGAUAGUGGAAAUUCUGUUAAUCCUGAGAAGGUCAAGGCUAUUCAAAAUUGGCUUACUCCCAUAAAUAUUCAUGAAGCACAAAGUGUCCAUGGGUUAGCCACAUUCUGCAGAAGAUUCAUUAGAAAUUUCAGUACUAUCAUGACACCCAUUACAAAUUUUCUUAAGAAAGGAGAGUUUGUGUGGCCCAAAGAUGCAAUCAAAGCCUUCUUAGACAUUAAGGACUGGAUGACAAAAGCCCUUGUGCUACACCUCCCUCAUUUUCAAAAACUGUUUGAAGUAGCUUGUGAUGCUUCCGGUAUUGGCAUAGGAGGAGUGCUGAGUCAAGAUGGCCAUCUUGUUGCCUUCUUCAGCGAAAAGUUGAAUGAUGCUAAGCAAAGUGGUGCUACAUGUCACUUUGGUAGGGAUAAAACCAUUGCUAUGGUAGAGGAUAGCUCGGUAAAUAGAACCACAGGCCUUAGCCCAUUUCAGGUUGUCAGUGGUUAUCAACCUAGGAAGCCUAUAGAUCUUGUCCCAUUACCUCCGCAGGAAUUAUACUCCCAGUACUUCACUUCUCAUUCUUCGGAGAAGAAUUAUUUUGGGCCCUGGAGAGAUGAUGGGGAUCAGCCGCCCUUACCCCUUUCUGUUGCUGACAUAUUGACACAUGGACGACCACCAGAUGUCCACAUUGGUUUGUAA